CUCAAAAAAAUGGUUUUAGACCAAUUCGCUCUUUCUGAAUCACUCAACCAUGGAGACAAAUUGCAGUCUGUCAAGAUCUACUGCUUACAAUUCAAGCUGAGAACACACACGGUCUGCACCCUGAUCAUAUAACCUGCUCCAAACGGUUCUGUUUGCGGUCAUAGAUAUAGGCUAAUUGUUGAAGGAAUUAUGAAGAAUAUCGUGGCUAUUUUGUGUGUUCUGCUGCGCACGUCUCUUCCAACUCAGCUUUGUCAGAGAAACCGAAUGUUCUGUUCAUCGUGAUAGAUGAUUUACGAGCAUCCCUUGGAUGCUAUGGGGGUCCCAUCAUAUCACCAAACAUCGAUCAACUUGCAUCCAGAUCUGCUCUCUUCACCAACGCCAUGGUGCAGCAAUCAGUGUGUGCCCCCAGUCGCGUAUCGUUCUUGACGGGGCGUCGACCCGACACCACUCGGCUCUAUGACUUCGGGUCUUACUGGAGGACACAUGCAGGCAACUACACUACCAUACCACAACACUUCAAAGAUAACGGAUACUUCACAGCGUCAGUAGGAAAGGUUUUUCAUCCAGGCAAAACGGGUGGUGGUCAAGAUGACUAUCCAUACAGCUGGUCUGUUCCGCCUUACCAUCCACCGACAAUACAAUACAAGGCAGCCAAGGUGUGUCCCAAUUUGGAUGGCACUCUUCAUUAUAACGUAAUGUGUCCAGUCAACGUAAGUGACAUGCCACAAAAAUCACUCCCGGAUAUCCAGUCUCUAGAAUUCUCAUCAUCUAUCCUGAAGAACCUAUCCAUAGCCCUACAUCCAACAAACAAGCAAGGAAAACCGACUGAAACCGGUCAGUCAUCUCAGGACAUGCAACCGCCUUUUUUCUUGGCCGUUGGAUUUCACAAACCGCACAUUCCGUGGAAGUACCCAGAGGAAUUCAAAUCAUUGUACCCGAUCGAGUCGGUUUCUAUUGCAACCAAUCCAUUCCGGUCUCCAACCCAGCCGGAUGUCGCCUAUGAAGAUUAUUACAAUAUGAGAACGUCAGAGGAUGUGACAGCUAUGAAUAUGAGCUUCCCCUUAGGAACGAUACCACUUCAAUUCCAUGCUCCGAUGAGACAGAGCUACUAUGCUGCUGCAUCCUACAUGGAUUCCUUGGUCGGAAAACUACUUCAAACCCUUAAUGAAACUGGCUUCUCAAACAAUACCAUCGUCGUUCUCUUUGGGGAUCAUGGGUGGCAAUUAGGUGAGCACGCAGAAUGGUGCAAGUUCUCUAACUAUGAACUGGCGACAAGAGUUCCUUUGAUCGUUCACAUUCCUGGUGUUACAGACAAGCCAAGGUCAUCGCCAAUCAAAAAUCAACUUCAAAAUUCUCUAAAGAUGAUUCAAUCUCAAGACACUGUAAAAUCAUCUGCUGACAGUGGGAUGGUUGUUACUGAGUUUGUAGAACUUGUUGAUCUGUUCCCCACACUCUCUGAUCUCGCUGGCAUCACUGUUCCACCUGUAUGUCCUCCAGAGCCUUUCAAUGUCACCUUAUGUUCAGAGGGGUACAGUUUCGCCCCUCUCCUAGAGCCAGUCCAAGGCUCCAACGCCAUUCUGCAGAAAGAUGGCAUGAAGAAGUUGACUUCAAAGCGGUACAGCAGAUGGAAGAAUGCCACAUUCAGUCAGUAUCCUCGUCCAGGGGUAACCCCAAACAAAAAGACUGAUGUCCCUAGUCUGGGUGACAUUACUGUCAUGGGGUACUCCAUGAGGACCAAGGAUCACCAUUACACCGAAUGGAUAGGAUUCAAUCCAAAAACCUUCCAAGGUAACUGGACCGAUGUAAAGGCUACAGAACUUUACAUCAAUGGCUUUGACUAUGAUCAAAACCAAAAUGUUGCUGCUGAUCCAAAGUUUAAGGACAUCGUUAAGCAACUCAGCUAUCAGUUACAGAUGGGCUGGCGCGAAAGCUUACCCGUCCCUGCAUGAAGCCCAAUGGAAUCGCCCUUCAUCUUAAAGCCAAGAGGUUGUUCAAACUACAACAACAAUUAAAAGUGAAAGCCAGAUUUUUUAUUUUAUUUUUUAUUCAUUCUAAGAAAUUUCCACUGAACAAAAUUCCAAUGCAUCUUAGUCAUGUAGAAAUACUGUAAGCAUGCGUGACCACCAGGUUUUCUAGACACCCCUAAAGGCUUAACGAGGAUUUCUUCUGAAGCCAAAGUACACCCUAAAUGAGGAUUUCGCGUGGUUCCCCCCCCCCCCCCCGAAUUCACACCCUAAACGGGUAUUUCACAAAAGUGUACUCUUAAUAUUGUAACCCCUUGAACAUUUUGAAGUGCGAUAGGGAAUACCAUUUAAGUUUUUGACAAUGUAAAAUAAAUCAAAUUGCGCUUCUGAUGUAAAAUUCACAAUGUAAUCAUUUAUUUCAAUAAUGAAGCAAUAACAUCAACCUGUACACUUCUAAAUGUGUUUGUACAUUAGCAAGCUAACGUAACCGAAAAUUGUAGACAACCAGCUUCUCGACCAGCUUUCAAUUCGGAGUCGAGAUCUAGAAAAAAUGUCUCUGUGAUUUGUGUACGCCACCAUGUAGUUUGCGUUUAGUACGACUUUCUUUUCCUUGAAAGAAAAUAUUUUGAGUAAUAAGGAUAUCAGAUAGAUUUCUAUGAUGACUACCCUUGUAAACAGAUGUGUAAUUCUUUUAUCUUUACUGGCUUCAGUCAUGAGAUCAUCGAGAAAUAUGAGUUGUUUUGUUUACGGUCAAACAUCGGCUCAGGGUAUUAUAGCUAAUACUGUCUCUUGUACUGGAACUAAGAAUAUAGAUUGUGGGUUAGUGUCAAGCUUUAAGAAGGAAUGAAAAGGUCUCCUUGAAUUGGGAAUUUUACUGGCAAGAUUUGGGCCAACGAUUGUAAAGUAAUUGUUCAGACUUUCCGCUAUUUGCAAAGGAUCUUGUGUUACAGAGACGACAGUGUUAAUUUCUUACAUUGGUGAUUUGUUGUUAUUUUUAUUUAGGGCAGAGUUUAUGACUUUCUGUGUCAAUCAUAUCUUUUUUGUGGACUUCAAAUUGAUUAAAGAAGUAUUCUUUGUUUGCAAGACGAAGGGUAGUUGUUAAAGGGUUCCUACAAUAA